AUGUGUGUGUGUGUGUGUAUAUAUAUAUAUAUAUGUAUGCAUGCAAUGCUUAGAAAUGAGAUACAAAUAACAUGAGAUCAGAGUUAACCUUGAAAGAAAAAUAUCGUAAGAACGUUUAAGGAAAAAGAUAGAAGAACAUCGAAUUGUUUAUUUGCAAGAUGAUGAAGGGAAGAAAUAUAGAGAGUGGGAAAUCGAGCAAAAUGUGAGCGUCUCGUAAAGUAGGAGAACGAAGCAAAAGGCGAAUCACCAUCGUGGGUUGCGUAGGUAGGAGGUAGGUAGGUAGAUACAUACAUACAUAUAUAUAUAUAUACAUAUAUAUAUAUACAUACAUACAUACAUACACCUUUCGAGAGUUUACCAGUUAUACGUCGAACAGUUAGAGCAGCGGACAGUUACCUUCACGUUUCGAGAUCGAGAGGAUCUGUUUUGUUCUCAGGUGUGACAUAGACCGAUUUAUAAACUAGCGUGCGCGCGCGCGAGAGAGAGAGAAAGAGAGAGAGAUUAACUUCUCGGUCAUUCGAGAAGAGGAGGAAUCGAUCGAUUCGGCUCAAAGACCAUGAGUCGAACGUUGUUGAUGUGUUCGUUGUUGGCUCUGACCAACGUAAAUGCAAUUUCGACAGUAUGGCAACCAUUACCUUCACCUCAUGUACCAAGCACGAGUGUCCUUCGUCAGGAGGCAAAAUUAUACGGAAGCUUAACACCGGCUAAUUCUCCUUAUGAUAUCGAUGGACAGCUGAUCGAUUUGUCACACGAACAGGAACAAUGUUCUUUAUACAAGAUUUCUAUGAGUCAACAGCUUUACUUCGAGUAUAUUCAUUACAAGAUCGACUUGCCGAAUAUAAAAGAGUUUACUCUGUGUAUAUGGUCCAAGUUUCACAAUCAUACCAACGAUCAUCCUCUGUUUUCUUAUGCAGUCGAUGAUCAACCUCGAGGUAUAUUAUCAUGGGUCGCCAAUACGCCAAGAAGUUCUUAUUACAUGAUGAACGUGGACGGUCACAACUUGUAUAGAUUGAAUUAUCCGUUGAGACUUAACAAGUGGUACCACUCUUGCCAGAGUUGGAAUGGUCGUACCGGAGAAUGGCAGAUCUGGGUCAACGACGAGCGUGUAGGUCGUGGGUUCAACAACAGGCUGGUAGGUCACGUUAUUAAGGGCGGUGGUAUUGCGAUAUCAGGUCAAGAACAACGCCAGUUGGGUGGUGGCUUUUUAGAAGGGGAAGGUUCUCCUCCAGGAUCGGGUGGUAUGUUAGGAGAAAUAACAAUGGUUCAAUUGUACAGCGUUGCUCUGACAGCUGGUAAGGCUCAUAAAGAUCACAAACAUCACCACGCUCAUCAUUACGAGCACGACACUACGAAUAAUACACCAAGGCCGAUAACAAGGCAACCGGUUACAGGACCGCCUUUACCUCCUAGUCCAUUCUUAACUGGAGGUCAAAUUAAUCCCCAAGUGAAAAUCAAUCCGGGUGCAACAUUGCAAAUUAUUCGAAACGGAGUGAUCAUGCGUCAUCCAGCAUUACCCAGGGAACCACCACCACAACCCUUUCCACCAGCCAAUCUCGAAAGUCUCUCAACGGUGAUCCCAUUUGUUUCGCAGUCACCAACACUGCCAGUAACUUUGCAACAAGAUUCCGGAAUAUUCGGAAAUCCUUUAAGUAGACCAACCGGUCCUUAUCACGAACUUUUCAAAAGAGAGGAAACUGUAACGAAGAGGGAAGAUAUUUGGGAUAAGAUUGAUACGAAAAUAACAACGACGUCUAACUCCACUGUUGUUGAGAACAACGACGAUGACAACGACGACAAAGUGAAGUUCAUUGAUAGGAUCAAGGACGAUACAGAGAAAACGUUGAAAAAACAUGGUACAGAGAAAAAGAAAAGAGGAAUCCUGCAAUUGUCAGAUGGUUUAUUGUUCGAAGAAAAUUAUGCCGUACCUCAAGGAUUGGACAAUGAUUAUUUGUCUGGUUUGGCCAGUUUUGAUCUUCAAUCGGUCAAGCAAGAUAACAAAGAUGACGAGAGAGAACCAGCUGAGGCUGAAGUUAAAAGGAUUAUGGAUAUUUGCGAUGGCUGUGCCGAAGAACCUUUUGAAAAAGCCUUGAUCAUGGGAUGGAGAUCGGUACCUAAAAAGGUUUACUCCGGUGCUCUCUAUAUACCUGCUGUGCAGGUCUGCAAAGCUUUUUAAUCGAUCCUUCUCCUGGCUUCUCCUUGAGAGAAUUAAAUAUCAUAUCCCUUAAAGGUUUCACGAAGCCUAAGAAUGGCUGAUAGAUAAAAGACAAUCAUUUCAUCUCAUCUCAUUUCAUCUCAUUUCACUUCUCUCUCUCUCUCUCUCUCUCUCUCUUUCUCUCAUACACAUGCACACAAAAUAUGUUAUCUUUAUAUAGAUUCUUCAUGAGAAAUCAUAAUGAAUAUUAAUCUCUAUCAUAUUUUCAAGACCGAACAAAAAAAAAAAAAAAAAAAAAAAAAAAGAAAAAGCUUGUUCGAAAGCAGUAUUAUAUAGAUGAAUAAUGAUAAUCUAUUUUCUUUUCUUUUUCUUUUAUUCUUUUAUUCUUUUUUAUUAUAAUCAAGUAGUUUAACUUUAACGAGAGUUUUCGAGAUAAAGAUGUACUUGUUUGAUUCUAUUUAACAAAGUGAUUCAUUUCACUUGAGUCCAUCGUAUCUCAAAUACAAUUUGAAAUCAAAUAUUAUCUUUCAAGAUGAUAAAAUCUUUUCUUCGUAUAUAUUAAUAUAUAAUAUAUAAUAUAUAAUAUAUAAUAUAUAUAUAUAUAUAUAUAUAUAUAUAUAUAUACAUGUAUACACAUAUAUAUUAUAUAUUUCGAAAUUGCAAAAAUAGAACGUCUACAAUGAUGUUCUCAUAGUUGUAUUAAAAUAGAAAGUAAAUACCUUGACAAAGGAAAAAAGAAAA